CCACCAGGAUACCAUUUAGGAGACUGUGCUCGUUAACAGACAACCGACUUUGUAAAUAUAGUACUAACCAAUGACAUAACUUACAGCAGGAACCAGUUGCCCUAAGGCAUUCAGAGUUUAACUGACAUUCCCAUUUCUUCGUUGUCCGUGGUCAGGCCCAUGGCACGUCCUUCAGCUGGGUAUCUAGUCAUGGGCAAUGUACGCCAGUUUAAGAGUGCAAGCCUUGGUUGGUGGAAGUGUGCGUGCAUUUUUUAACGGUUUUCAAAAAGCGGAAACUUGGAUACGGUAUAUUGUGGACGACCGGUCACCAUAGAGUUUGUGUUAUGUGUGCUUUGUGGUUCGUUUACAUAGGCCUAUACAUACUAUGGGAAAUAGGUAGUGCAUUGUGACGCCAGAUCGACAUAAAAACAUAACAAAACAAAGCCAAAAACAAACAGCCAACCAAAAAAAAAAAAAAAAAAAAAGCAGAAAAAAAAAACAAUGAAGGCAGUUCUGUGUUUGUGCCUGGUACUCGUCUUUGUAUCCACUUCGUCAGCGCUGAAGUGUUACCAGUGUGAAAACUGCCAAAAGGAAGACCAAGUAUGGUCGAGCUGCCUUCCAGGAUUUGACGUCUGCUUGACGUCCAGACUGAGCGAUAAGAUCAGAAAGUCCUGCGCCCCCAGUAACUUCUGCAACAUCGAGAACAUCGACCGAGAUUCGCUGGAUCCCAACAAAAACGCCAAGGGCCUCUUCUCCGACCACAACAUGAAGAAGAUGAUGAAAGCCAACCUCUAUACCAAAGGUAAGCUGGUCCACUGCUGUGGGAAGGACUUCUGCAACCGCUCCUCUCGGAGGAUCAUUAACCACAGCCUCCUUUGUCUUUCCCAUCUGGUCCUUCUUCUGAAGGCACUCUCCGUCGCCCCUUAAUAAUCAAACGGCCUCGUUCAAAUGACUCUUUUGUCAGGGGACGCUUGCAGUGUUUAAAAACACUUUCCUACCUUCGUCUCCAGCUCCGUUGUUCCUCGUGGGAGACACUACGACUUCAGAAAAUAAUGGUUUUCUCUUUCUUCCAGUUAAUCUGGAGAGAUUUUUAAAGGCGUUUUCAAAACUCUUUUAUCUUUUCUAUACAAGAAUAAAUUCUGUUGCUCCCGGACAUGUAUUUCUGCACAAGAAUAAAUUCUGUUGCUCCCAGGCAUGUUUUUCUGUACAAGAAUAAAUUCUGUUGUUCACAGACAUGUAUUUCUGUACAAGAAUAAAUUCUGUUGCUCCCAGACAUGUAUUUCUGUACAAGAAUAAAUUCUGUUGCUCCCAGACAUGUAUUUCUGUACAAG